AUGUACGUUGAGGGUUACGACACUUCGCAAUCUGGCUAUGAUUUGGUUAUGUCCAUGGAAAAACAUUUCGGUUCAUGUGGAGAGGUGUUGCACGUUUAUAUUCCCGGAUACUGUGAAGGCAAAAUUCCUAACAGAUUUGCCUUGAUGUAUCUUCGGGGAGAAGGUGCAGAAGAGAAGGCGUCGAAACUUAACGGAAGUUGCAUGGGAGGACACAAGUUGGUCGUGGCGCCUUACCCGUUUCAUGCCACACGCCUUGAGCACAAGUUUGCUCUUAUGAGAAAGGAAGACAAUGAGCAAGCUCAAUUGAUUUAUAUUCAAGGAUAUGACACUUCGCUUCCCUUGGACUACGUCGAGAGAAUCCUGUAUGAAGAAGUCGGUUUAUAUGGUGAAGUCGUGAGUAUAACUAUAUGCGAAGAAGAAGAAAACAAAGCUGUUCUGCGCAGAACCGCUUUCGUUACUGUUAGGGGAAUAGACGCAUUAGAGAGGUUGCUUCACCUUCGUGGAUGUGAUCGAAGAGGAUUGGAGAAUAUCAAGCUUACUGGGGUUGCGCGUCCAGAUCCAGACGAAGAGACCUUGUUCCCCGUGUUUGUUGAAUGUUCUCCUUCCAGGACUUGGGUAUCUCAUGAGGAUCCAAAUCUACCUGAGCCGUGGAAAGAUGUUGUGGAUGAUGGCACUGGGCUAAGUUACUUUUGGAAUACAGAGACUAAUGUCACUCAGUACCAGAGACCAUCUUCAGAGACUAAUGUUACUCCCCCUCUCCUCCAGUAA